AUGGGCAAAGUGCUCAGCCAUUGCGCCCUGGUUGCCGCCCCCACUUACGGCAGGCGCGUACUGGUCACCGAUGCGGCCAUGAAUAUGGCGCCCGAUGCCACCCAGAAAAAAGGCAUCUGUCAAAAUGCCAUCCAUUUGGCUUUGGCACUGGGCAUAGCGCAACCCAAGGUAGCGGUGAUAGCCGCCGUAGAGGUGAUGAAUACCCGUAUGCAAGCCACGAUAGAUGCCGCCAUACUCGCCAAAAUGGCAGACCGCCGCCAAAUUGUAGGUGGCAUUGUGGAUGGCCCACUGGAUUUGGACGCCGCCGUGAGCAGUGAGUCUGCCCGCAUCAAGCACAUCGACUCGCCCGUAGCAGGCGUGGCAGAUAUUUUGUUGGCGCACGACAUAGAAACCGGCAACGCCCUCUACAAGGUGUUUGCCUUUAUGAGCGGAGCACAAACCGCAGGGGUGAUUAUGGGGGCGCGGGUGCCUAUUGUGCUCACCAGCCGGGCGGACGAUGCCCUGAGUCGUUUAUACUCCACCGCCCUGGCUUGCCAACACGCCCAUGCCUUGGCGCAGCAGCCCGAGUUGUUUGUUACACCAACGGAAUAA